AUGCGCGGCGAGUUCGAGGGGCACGGCGACUGGGUGACGUCGAUCGCCUGCCCCAUGGACCCCGGUUCGGAUAAGAUCAUCACGGGAUCGAGGGACAAGACGCUGAUGCUCUGGCGGCUAGACACGGAGCCAGACGACCAUUCAGCCCGCCCAAAGGUCGUGGGCUACCCCCUGAAGUCGCUGCAUGGGCAUUCGCACUUCGUGCAGGACGUGACAAUAUCUUCGGACGGCCAGUUCGCGCUGUCCGGCUCAUGGGACGGCACCCUCCGGCUGUGGGACCUCAACGCAGGGACGACGUCCCGCCGUUUCGUGGGGCACACCAAGGACGUGCUCAGCGUUGCCUUCUCCAUCGACAAUCGCCAGAUUGUCUCAGCUGCCCGUGAUAAGACGAUCAAGAUAUGGAACACCCUUGGGGAGUGCAAAUUCACCAUGGGCGAUCAGGACGGGCAUACGGAGUGGGUAUCUUGUGUGAGGUUCUCACCGGACACCACGAACCCCAUGCUGGUGUCCGCUGGAUGGGAUAAGAAGAUCAAGGUGUGGAACCUGACCAACUGCAAACUGAAGACAGACUUGGUUGGCCACACUGGCUACAUCAACACGAUCUCUGUUUCCCCAGACGGCUCACUUUGUGCAUCGGGCGGCAAGGACUGUGUUGCCAUGCUUUGGGAUCUUGCAGAGGGCAAGAGGCUGUACUCUCUGGAUGCUGGCGAUAUCAUUCACUCGCUGUGCUUCUCUCCCAACCACUACUGGUUGUGCGCAGCAACUCAGUCAGCUAUCAGGAUCUGGGAUCUGGAAAGCAAGAGCGUUGUCGCUGAGGAGAGGCCCGACUUCCAAGGGAAGUACACCAAGACGAACCCGCCUUACUGUGUCUCCUUGGCUUGGUCUGCCGAUGGCAACAUGCUGUUCUCCGGGUACACGGACGGGAAAGUGCGUGUGUGGGAGGUCGUCUCCAACCAGGGGAUGUAA